AAAUAUUCCAAACUUUCUAAUCUCAACAAAUUAUCGAUACAGAUCCGUUCAAGCAACCAUGCUACCAAUUCCAUCAAGAGGAUGUAUACAUGGCGAAUCACCAGUACCAACCAAACCCCAUGCAAAACCCGAAAAGCUCUUACCUGCCAAUAUUUCAACAAACAUAUCCCAAUAUACCUACAUCUACAAACGUACAAACACAACCAAAUUACACUAUCCUCCCACAAAAUGUUCUUGACCAGAUACGCAACUGCGUGAAUGGGGCGAGUUCCAUAUUUAUUCUGCCGGCCACCUGUCACCAACAAGCCAGUCAAACCGCUCAAGGAAACCCAAUACACCAGCAGACAACAGCACAAUUGACGAAUGUCAAUCCAUCACAACCAAUCUCCUAUCCACCCUCCUUCUAUCCCUAUCCUAUCCCUAUGCCUAUCUACAACUCGUUUGGACAACCUCGCGUUCAUUGCUCGCAUUGUUGGCAAAACAGACAAGCAACCGGCAAGGGCUAUCCCCACGGAUGCUGCUGCCACAUGCUCAAGGUAGAGGAGGAGCAUCAUUGCACACCUACAGACGAUGACACUAUUUGCUCGAAACGGAACUGUCCAGCUUCCAUAAGUCUUCAAGCAUUGGCAUCGCAAUUUUUGACACUUCCAGGGAUUAUAUCUUGUUGCGCUACACGUUUGAUCCUGAGGAGAAUACCUGGCUCUAAUAUAACGACCACCAUGGAGGAGACGAUGGAGAAGGCCCAAAUGUGUCUAAAUACCCUUAACAAGGAACAGUUGCUGUCCGAAGCGAGGAGCGCGCAGCAGUUGAACGCUUUGAUCAAUCUCCAUAUGACCACGAAUCCACCGGCGAAUAUUAUUCCGUUGCUCACGCUGGUGCAGGUGAAGGUGAACGUGCUGAAGGCGCAGGUCGAGAGUUUGAUCAACAAGAAGGUGAUGGAGUGUCAGGGAUAUGGGUAUGAGGUGGAAACCGCCGGCCCCAUAGAUCCAGCCGUGCUCUGCACCAAGACGAACGAGGAGUUGCGACACCUGCUCGCCGUCUUGAGGCAAAAGGAAACCGACGAGCAACUUAACGUGAACUACUCGCCUUAUAGCUCGCAAAGAGUGAUCGCCGAGAGCCGUUUAAUCACCGUCCGAGCGAAAAUCCGGCAAGUGGAGAUGGAAUUCGAUAGAAGGAGAAGUGUCGCGAUACCCCUGCCUCUGCCCACCCUCACCUCGAGAGCCAUCCAACAAUUCUCCGAAUCCAGAUGCAUGUUCGGUAUCGCGGACGCGCAUCUGUUCGAGCCUUACGUGCAGGGCAAGAUAUUCGAGUCGCCCGAUCCGUUUUCACACUGCCCACGCAGCCAUAAGAAGCUUUGCCUGCAACCGCGUGAAUAUUUCCAGGAUUCAGUAUGCAUAAGGCGAAAUGUUAAAAUAAGGGAUACGUCUGAUACUGGAACCGCGAUGCAUAAAGACACGGGGACUGGGGAGAGUGGUGCGAAGAGUACAAAGGAGAAAGGGGUUGAAUCGAAGUCGAGCGUGGAGAUCUGCACCUGUGAGACGACUUCGUCCGAGGAGAGCAUUGAUGAGGAUAAAAAAAAACUCCAAUUAAAUAUCGACCAAAAAGGAAACGCGUAUAAUGUGAAAUGUGCAUCGUUAUUGAAACUGCCGCCCCACAUCGUUACGAGAGUUGAGGUUUGCAAGGCUGGAGAGUUGAAAAAGAUGAGGAAAGAAAGAGAAGAAACGGAUGAGAGUGCGAAAGAUGAUGAAAACGAGAAGGUUUGUGAAGUAAAACCGAUAGAUACGAAGAUUGCUCGUAGCAGUGAAACGACUAAAAUUGAGAAUGAGGUUAAAAUGUUAAGAAUUGAAAAGAAGUCUGAAAUUAUUGGGCCGAUUCAGAUAAAGAUUAAAAGUAGGGAAAGUGUGAGAACGUGUAAAACCAGUAAGGCUGAUGUGUCAAAGAAGAAGGUGUUUGAUUGUAAAUAUAUUUCUAUUAAGGAACCAGAAGAAAGUGAGGAGCAUGAUAAAAAGAAGAUAUUUCAUGUAAUCAAGGAAAGAAGAAAAGAGAGCCAAAAAACGAAAAAAGUUACAUCGGAACCAAAUUUAGAAUUAGAAAGCAUAGAAAAAGAUGUUUCAAUAAAGGAUAAACCAAUAGAAAAAACAACUAAAGCCAGUGAAACUGAUGUGUUAAAAAAGAUGGUGCUUGAUUAUAAAUACAUUUUUAUUAAGGGACCAGAAGAAAGUGAGGAACAUGAUAAAAAAAAGAUAUUUCAUGCAAUCAAAGAAAGAAGAAAAAAGAGUCAAAAAGCGAAAAAAAUUACAUCGGAACCAAAAUUAGAAUUAGAAAGUAUAGAAAAAGAUGGUACAGAUGUUUUAAUUAAGAAUGAACCAGUCGAAAAAAUGACUAAAGCCAGUGAGAUUGAAGUGUCAAAGAAGCAGGUGCUUGAUUGUAAAUAUAUUUCUAUUAAGGAACCAGAAGAAAGUGAGGAGCACGAUAAAAAGAAGAUAUUUCAUUUAAUCAAAGAAAGAAAAAAAGAAAGUCAAAAAACGAAAAAAGUUACAUCGGAACCAAAAUUAGAAUUAGAAAGCAUAGAAAAAAAUAAUGCAGAUAUUUCAAUUAAGGAUGAACCAAUCGCAAAAACCAAUAAAGCCAAUGAGAUUGAAAUGUCAAAGAAACAAGUUGAUUGUAAAUACAUUUCUAUUAAGGAACCAGAACAAAGUGAGGAGCAUGAUAAAAAGAAGAUAUUUCAUGCAAUCAAAGAAAGAAAAAAAGAAAGUCAAAAAACGAAAAAAGUUACAUCGGAACCAAAAUUAGAAUUAGAAAGCAUAGAAAAAAAUAAUGCAGAUAUUUCAAUUAAGGAUGAACCAAUCGAAAAAACCAGUAAAGCGAAUGAGAUUGAAGUUUCAAAGAAGCAAGUGCUUGAUUGUAAAUACAUUUCUAUUAAAGAACCAGAAGAAAGUGAGGAGCACGAUAAAAAGAAGAUAUUUCAUGUAAUCAAGGAAAGAAGAAAAGAGAGUCAAAAAACGAAAAAAGUUACAUCGGAACCAAAAUUAGAAUUAGAAAGCACAGAAAAAAAUGAUGCAGAUGUUUCAAUUAAAAAUGAAUCAGUCGAAAAAACAACUAAAGCCAGUGAAACUGAUGUGCUAAAGAAGAUGGUGCUUGAUUACAAAUACAUUUUUAUUAAGGAACCAGAAGAAAGUGAGGAGCACGAUAAAAAGAAGAUAUUUCAUGUAAUCAAGGAAAGAAGAAAAGAGAGUCAAAAAACGAAAAAAGUUACAUCGGAACCAAAAUUAGAAUUAGAAAGUACAGAAAAAGAUGAUGCAGAUGUUUCAAUUAAAGAUGAAUCAAUCGAAAAAACAAGUAAAGCCAGUGAGACUGAUGUGUUAAAGAAGAUGGUGCUUGAUUACAAAUACAUUUUUAUUAAGGAACCAGAAGAAAGUGAGGAGCACGAUAAAAAGAAGAUAUUUCAUAUAAUUAAGGAAAGAACAAAAAAGAGUCAAAAAACGAAAAAAGAUACAUCGGAACCAAAAUUAGAAUUAGAAAGCAUAGAAAAAGAUGAUACAGAUGUUUCAAUUAAAGAUGAACCAAUCAAAGAAACCAGUAAAACUGAUGUGUUAAAGAAGAAAGUACUUGAUUAUACAUACAUUAUGGAACCAGAAGAAAAUGACGAGCAUAAUAAAAAGAAGAUAUUUCAUGUAAUCAAGGAAAGAAAAAAAGAAAGUAAAAAAAAAAAAGAAUUUACAUCAGAUCAUACAAAAGUAGAAUUAGAAAAUUUAGGAAAAGAUGAUACAGAUGUUUCAAUUAAAGAUGAAUCAGUUGAAAAGAUAAAAUUUGCUUAUUUUCCUUUCAAAAAACUGGAAAAAUUAAAAAAAUCAAUUUCGUUUUCUACGUACGCUCCAGACAAAGAAAACGCAAAAAAUGAUGAAGUUGCAAAAGAUGAUGAAAUUGCAAAAGAUGAUGAAGUUGCAAAAGAUGAUGAAGUUGAAAAAGAUGAACAUAACGAAUUCGAAAAAACAAAGAAAAAUGCAAAGAAAAAAAAUGUACAGUUCGUUUCUACAAUGACCCACAUAAAAUAUGAUAAAAAUUUUGGCGAUUUUUACGGAUGGGAUAUUAAAGAUUAUUCGGUUCAAACGACUGAAAAUCAAUGCAAAGAAAACGUUGAAUGUGAUUCAUUGAAGAAUGUUAGUAAAGAAAAUGAAACUGAAGACGAUGAUGUAUAUUUUCUUUCAAAGAAAGAAAAUUGCUCGAUUGUAUCUGGUAAUCAAAAAUGUGAAUCAAUAGUCCCAACAGUUUCGAGUAUCGAAAUGAGCAAUAAAAUUGAAAAAUGUACAAUUGUUGAAAAAAUGUUUCCAAAGAAUUGUCGAAUAAAUGAUGAGAAAACGGCAAAUGGACUCAAGCAAUUUCCACCAUUGAAGUAUGCACAUCAAAAGAUAGCAGAAACAACAGAAACUAAUAUCUCAGACAAUACAGUCCAUGAAAAAGAAUCGAAUUCCUCCAAGAUCGUUUGCGAUAGAAGUAGUUCUUAUCAUAGUAUUUCAAGAAUGGAAAAUAAUAUUAUUUCUGUGAUAUUCUCUAGGAUUGAGAAUCGAUUCGCAUCAUUCAAUUCGUUGUUAAGAAAUAUACCAAAUUUCUACGACAUUCUAUCGAAUUUUCAUUUCCACAAAUUGUCAAGUAACACUCACGAUAAAAAUAUACAGCAUUCGAAUCGACAAAUUACCAGAAAUAAAAAUAAAAAAUCUCAGAAAGAUGAUUGGAUUUUACUUCCCUCGAAUGCUUAUAGCGAUCACAAAUGCGACACUUCCGACGGAAAUCGCAUUUCGGUCGGUGAACAGUGUAAUAAUGUGCGUUUAGUGAAACAUUCUAUAAUUGUGGAUGAAGAAAAGAAGAAUUAUUUGCUUAUUACGGGUUCCGUUAAUAAUCAAUUUCGACAAUUGUUGAAAAACGGUUUCGAACAACCUUAUUAUACUCGUAGAAGUAUAGUGAUAAGAAGUCGAUUGAAAAAUUCCAAAAAUUCGAAACAGGAACAUGUCCAUCCUUUUACGAUAUUUAAGCGAAUUAAAAAAAAUAAAAUUGACAUGUCUCAGGCAUCGUCGUGCAUCGAACAUCACUUAGAAACUAGAGAAAAAUUGUUAGUCUUACCUAGAAUACCGGAAGAUAUACAAUCUCUAUCUAAUAGUGAACAUAGAGAUGAAUUUGUAGCAAUAUUUAAAAACGAAAUAAUGCAACGAAACAGUAAUUCUGAUACUACUAUUAACUACUCUAAUGUUUCUAAUGAUUAUUCAUCAACUGAAAAUGAGGUAAUGAAGAAUUUUAGUGAGAAAUUUUAGUAGAAAUAAAUACAGAGAUGUAAAUUUGAACGAAUAUCACGAUUUUAUUAGCGUUUGGCAGUAAAGUAUAACAUUGGAGAUUAAAUAAAGAAGAAAAAAAUAAUGAUAUAAGACAAACGAAUCUUUUACAAAUUUUCUUUUUGUGCGAAAUAAAAAAUUCUCUUCGAACUAUACCUCCCGUUGUAAUAGUUGUACUUUUCUGAAACAUCAUACGAAUGGCUCUCUAAUCGCUGGAUGUCUUUGGAAGACCCAACUAUAUCAAUGAAAAUGCAAAUUUUUAUUUGUAUAUACAUAAUAUAUGAUUUAUCCUCUCGAUAAAAGAAAACAUGAACAUAUACAUUUCAUAGUUGGAAAUAAUUAAAACCGAUGAACGAAUGCAGUAUACCUUCUUCCAUAUUUUUAUUAAUUGUUAAUGCUUCAUUUGAUGCUUGUUCUUCUGGUUAAUGAACCACAAUUUAUUUCUAUUGUUAGCUGUCUAUUGAGAAUCUUUAGAAUCUGUAGUAACAAUGCGACCACACAGGUAGAACGCAUGAACACCCACGAUAUCGUACAGUUCAGUUUUUUGGAGGCCAGAAUGAAAACUCUUAAUAUAAUUCAUAUCAUGUGCUAUUGUCAUAUUCAUCCGCAUCAAUGCAAAGGCAUUCAAUUUUUCAAAUUCAGAUACAUUCGUGUAUUAUAAGCUAUAGUUUGUCCAAGAUCAAUUAAUUGAUCAAAAUCAAAUUGAAGAAAAAAAUCCUUUAUUAUAGCACGUAAUAUUUAUUCCACUAUAUUGUUUAUUUUGAAAAUGAAAAACAUAAAUAUAAAGACAUAAUGUAAACUUAAGCUUUGUCGUAAAUAUAUAUGAAAAUAAUUGAUACAUUUCAUAAGUUUGAAAAAGAAAAUAUGCUUUAGUUUAUCUCAAAAAAAUGAUAUUGAAUAAUCAAUAAAUUUUGAACAAACUUUAGCGAAUUCAUUCAAUUUAUGAAUAUCGUAUCGUAAACUUGUUAUUCAAUAUGUAUAUACAUAUACACACAUACAUAUAUAUACAUAUUAAAUUUCUUAUAAGCUAACAAAUUUAUCAUCAAAUUUAUAAUAAGUAAAAAAUAAAAGAAUCUAACACACUGGUCGCAUUCAUAAAAGUUUAACGCUGUUUUGUAAUAAAGUCUCGCUUAUAUAUUAAAUUACACAGGAUAAUUAUGAAAUAAUGUCUUUCACACCACACUAUAAAUACGAUGCUGUUUAAAAAAUAUAAUAUGACAAACUGCAGUUUCAGUAUUCAACGUAAGAAUAUGAAAAAUAUCAAAGCAGUGAAAACUGAUAUUCUAUACGGAUUAUAUUGGAUGUGAAAUAUAUAUAUAUAUGUCGUGACAUAUCCACAAAUGUUGGUUUUUAUAAUUGCAAAAUAUAUUGUUAUGCAAAAAAAAAAAAAAAAAAACAGGUCAAAAAUAUAACGCCAUUAAAAAAAUUUUAGGUACUGGAUUAGAGCCAUAUACAUUAUAUUACAUACUAUAGAAGUUAUAAACGGACUGACAGCUUAUAAAUACGCUAUAUAUUUAUUACAGCUAUUCACUACUUUCAAACUAGACACGUACAUUUGCGAAACAGAUCUAGUAUAUCCUUAUAAAAUUAUUUCUUACAAAGCUCCGUUUAGUUAAGACAGUUUUUAUUUCGAAUAUUGCAAGUAAUGAAAGAAUGCGAGGAACUGAGUAUAUUAGCUUUGAUUUUCUGAUUUCUGUAUCCUGAUAGAAAUUAUGUAUAUAAAUAUAAUUAGAUAUUAAAAAACGAAAUAUUAUUAAAAGGAAUAUUAUUUGCUCAAAAUAAAAAGCAUUGCAUACCAAUUGUUCACAGUUUUUUUAACAAAUUAUUUAUUCAAUGAUUCAAUAUUGUUAUAUUUUUUUCUAUUUCGCUUGAAGCUUUCUAUCAUCUACGAAUAAAUAUCAUUAGUCCGUUAUAACCAUUGGAAAAAGUAUUAAAUAAGUCGUGGCUCUUAUAUUACAAAGGAAGAUAUAGAAUAACACGAAAGGUCUAUGAUUUAAUUAUUUUAAAUAUAUAAUUAUCCGAUCUUUCUAUAUCAUUGCAUGGUGCAAUUAAAAUAUGGACAUUCGUAUAAAAUAACCACCUUAAAAAUUUAAAACAAACAAUAUGCACAAUCCGUGUUAAAUCUUCUAACCAAUAUCAAUCUGUACUUGAAAUAUUAAUUCUUAUUUUCCUUUUCUGACAAUCGGAUAUGUACAAAAGUAUUUACAAAUACAUUUACAUCGCUAAUAUAUAUUCAAAUAUCUCACGAGAUAACUUAAAUAAUUGUAUAUAAUGGUUUCAAUAAUUUAGUCAAAAAUUAAUACUUCCUAUGAUAAAUCUUUGAUUAAAAAAAACUUAUAUAACUAACAAGUACUUGUAAUCUACAUUUGCUAUAAUACGAUACAAAGAUCUCUGUGACAAAUAGUUGAUAAUAAAAAUCUAGUUAUCUUUUUCUCUUCUAUCGUUACAUAUAAGUGAAAAAAUUCGAAUAUCCACCCUUAUAUAAGUUAAGUCCAAAAGAUUAUUUUAUAAUAGAUAUUUGUAGUGAAUAAUUCUUCAUCUUUAAAUUCAGUUCAAUGUAAGGCGCUUCUUACACUUGGAAAUAUAUUUCGAGUCAUAAAAAUGACAAAAUUAUUCAAAAAUCACGAGAUUAAACAGUUUUAUAAAAACUGCCGUUCUCGACUUUAUAAUAAUGUGACUGUAAAAGAAAAUAUUUAAAAAAGAUAAAAAAAAGAAAAAAAAUAAAAUAUUUAAAUUCUGAAUAUCUUUUCAAAUACUACCUGAAUUUCGGAUGUACAAGUUGAACUUCUUUUAUUCAAGAAUUACAACUUGGCCAAAGGCACGAUUGAUGUAUGUUAAUUUAUGUAUGCAAAUUAUUUUCAUACAAGAAAAAACUAAAAAUAUAUAUCUUUAAAAAUAAUAUUAAUGAUAAUAAUAUUAAUAAUAAUAAUAAUAAUAAUAAUAAUAAUAAUAAUAAUAAUAGCAAUAAUAAUAACAAUAAAUACAAGCAAUGUAGAUGCUACUUUUGUACAAUAAAAAUGUACAAUAGAAAAUUGUUUUUUCUAGCAAAAAGUAUUUAGAGCCACUACUUUUGCCCCAGAUUUAAAAAAAGUUCCAAAAACGCUAAUUCCAUUUUUUUCUCUAUCUUUUCUACAUUAAUCUAUGAUGAUAAGUAGCAUUUUUUUUCUUUUUUUUCUUUCUUUUUUUUUUUUUUUUUU